AUGUCAUCCAACGGAUUUCUUUCUCCUCGCGACUUACUGAUUAACAACAAGUUCUGCUGCGAUGGACCCAAUUUCACGGAGCUCACCAACGCCCUUUGGGCUGCUCAGGACUUGCCUGCUAGUGAGAUGAUGAUAAACUACAAGACAGGCUUGUCAGAGAAUGGAAUUCAAGCUCUGUACAGCAUCGUAUGGCCUAUUGUUGAGAGGUUUCAGGAGAUCCAACAAUCGUCAGCAAACCUCCGAAUCGGUUGUCAGAAGGUUAAGGAUGUCUGUGAUCGGGCUUUGUACAUUGCCUCUACCGCUCAACCAGACUAUGAUGCUAUUUUCGAUGACCUUGAAAAGCUCUUCAUGGAUCCAGACAAUGAUAGUCUGCGACAACAGGUGGACAAAACAAUUGGCGACCGCUUGACGGCCAUAGAUGCCUUGAAGGCUAUCUCUGGAGACGCCACAAACCUCCUUCGAAGUUCUACUACGGAGAUCAUCGAGAUUCAAAGCAAACUCACUGAUCUGGGAAACGCCCUCGGAGGCUCCGACAUACACGAUAAGCUCGCUAGUCGGGAUCCCACGGAAGAAGAUGUGCAGAAUGACCUUGCUGCCGUGUCCAUCCUUCGAACCUCAUUCAAGGACAUCAUCAAGGGUCAGAAUAUGCAAGACCAAUCCGGGCCGUCGCUAAAUAACCUUGAGAUCCUCCUCGGUGCAGUUAGUGCGAUCACUGGUGAUCUCGAUGGCUUGCGCGAUUCCAUCAAGUCUAGCACACAGCCGGGGCCCGGACUGCUUCUCAACGUUGAGAAGGCGAAGGUUCUGGAGCUUUGGGCUACUCUACAGUCCGAGGUCCAAAAGUUCAAAGAUCAGUACUCUGUUUGA